AUGGCAUUAUUCAACAGCAACAAUGCCUCAUCUCGUCGUCCGAUUUAUCGAUCUGUCGGAAAUGCUUCGAUCGUUUGGAUGUGCUCAAGUGUGCAGGAUUGCCAACAAUCAAUCACAGAAUUACAAACAAUUGUUAAUUCCGUUAAACUAUUUUCUCUUGCCGAUGAAUGCGUCCGUUUCAUCACCGAAACUAAAGAUCAAAAGCUGUUUUUGGUCAUUUUCGGUUGCUACGAUGAGAUUCUCAUAUCAAGUAUUCAUCAUUUGACUCAACUUGACUCCAUUUAUAUCUUUUCUGAUGAGUCAAUUGGCAACAGUGAUUGGCCAACUAGAUGGACGAAAUUCAAAGGCAUUUUCACUGAUAUAUGCUCACUUCAAAAUCAAUUGAAACGAAAUAUCAGACAAAUGGAACGAGGUUUAACACCAAUAAGUUGUAUUCCUGCAUCAUGUUCUCCUAAUCUCGAUGAACUUCAACCGUCAUUCAUGUAUUCACAAAUGUUAAAGGAAGUUUUACUGAACAUGGAGCACGAUGAAAAAACCAAAACAACAUUAAUUGAAUAUUGCCGUGUGCAGUACGCUGGAAACCAUGUUCAAUUAAGUAUAAUUAAUCAGUUCGAAUGUGAUUAUAAUAAACAUACGCCUAUUUGGUGGUACAGCAGAGAGGCAUUCAUCUAUUCGAUGCUCAACAGAGCUUUACGAUUGCAAGAUAUUGAAAUCAUCAUCGAAAUGGGAUGGUUUCUUCGAGAUCUUCAUCGGCAAAUCGAGCAAUUAUAUUUAACAGUCGAUCGUACGAACAUAUUCACUGUCUAUCGAGGACAAGGCAUGUUAAAUGCUGAAUUCGAAAAGAUAGCCAAUAGCAAAGGUGGCCUGUUGUCAUUCAAUAACUUCUUGUCAACAAGUCGUGAUCAAGAUAUUUCUUAUACUUUUGCUGAUAGCGCACGACAAAAUCCAAAUCUGACGGGAAUAUUGUUCGAAAUGACAGUCGACCCACACGUUUCUACAACACCAUUCGCUUCAAUUGCUGCGAUCAGUAGUUUUCCUGACGAAGAAGAAGUUCUUUUCGCAAUGCAUACUGUUUUCCGAUUAGAUGAUCUACAACAACUCGAUGAUAGAUUAUGGCAAGUCAAUUUAACACUCACGAACGACGAUGAUCAACAAUUGACGCAACUUGGCAAAUAUAUGCAAAAAGAAAUUCAGGGCAGUAACGGAUGGGAACGUUUGGGCUCUUUAAUGUUCAAAAUGGGCGAAUUUAACAAAGCGGAAGAGAUUUAUAAAAGCUUACUCGACGCAUCGUUGGAUGAUAAUUUAGAAAAGCACGUUUGUCUUCUGGAGGGAUUUUCACGUGCUUUAUAUCAUACUGGUCAUCUCACACAGGCACUUUCAGUUUGUGAGAAUGCUAUCGACAUUCGAGAAAAGUCCUUUUCGUCGAGCUAUUUCGACCUAUCUCUUGAUUAUCGAUGUUUAGGUGCGAUACAAGAUUCUUUAGAAGAUCAUACAGCAGCAAUAUCAUACUAUAGGAAAACUCUUGACAUCCAGGAAAAAUAUUUUCCCGACAAUUACUCUGAAUUGGCUUCGACUUACAAUAACAUGGCAUGGACGUAUUGUUUGAUAGGACAAAACGAAAAUGCUCUACUAUACUGCAAGAAAUCCAUUGCAAAUUACAAAAAAUCGACGCCAUCCAUUCAUCCAUCUCUGUCAAAUGCAUAUGAUACCAUGGGUAAAAUCUAUUACUCGAUGGAAGAUUAUCCAAACGCAAUAUUGUACUACUUGAAGACUAUGGAUAUCCAGAAAAAGUCUCUACAACCAGAUCAUCCUUUGUUAGCUAGUGGUUAUUUCCACAUUGGCGCAGUUUAUCGGGCAAUGGGAGAACACACUACGGCGCUUUCAUACUACGAAAAGACACUUGAAAUUCGGUUGAAAGUAUUCGAUUCGCAUCAUCUUGAUUUAGCUGCCAUUUUUAAUGAUAUUGGGGAAUUAUACUAUUCUAUGAAAAAUUAUCCUACUGCACUGACAAAUUUUGAGAAAGCACGAGAAAUUCUACAAAAAUCACUUCCACCUGCUCAUUCGAUGUGUGUCAACAAUAAAAGGAACAUUGAUUCAGUAGGCGAAUUAGUUAGAGAACGAUAG